UGCAUCAGGUGAUCUGCAUCCAGUCACCACCAUCAUCGCACUCACUAGCAUCAAGUUCCAGACAAAUGCCAAUGACGAUUAUCCUCCAUACGCACAUCAGGUUACUGUUGGUUCAAAGUCUAUCCUGUAUUUGUGUCAACUUCCAACCUCCCCAGUCAUGGUUAGCUGCAGGGGCCCACGCACUAAAUUCUCACGUCGCCAGCCUUGUCGAUCGUAGAGUUCUUUGUUCCCCGUUGAAGCUCUUAGCCCCUGACCACCCCGCUAAUUUGUCCUUUGCUUUAUUUUUACUGAGACCUUGUGGAGUGUGCUACACACCGUAUAGUGACUCCGGCGAGGUACAGGUAAGCUAGGUCAAGCUUUAAUCUAUUUAAGGCGCUGGAGCUUACUUAUUUGUCCAUUUGAUUCAGUCCAAUCCUCAAUAAUUCGGUCAGACUUUUCGA